UUUAUCCCUUUCUUCUUCCUUUUAAUUCGAUAGAAUUUCUUGUCAGGAGUAUCAUUCUUAUGAACAACCGUAACUGCGAUUCAAGCCGAAUCAAUAUCCAGAUCUGAAAGGGUGAGUUGGAGUUGGGUGAAUGGCGGGAUUCGUUGGAGCAGAUAAUGCAGAAGCUAUAAUUACAAGGAUUGAGCAUAAGUCGCGGAAGAUUGAGAGCCUCCUCAAACAGUAUAAACCAGUGGAAGCUCUGAAAACGGCUCUUGAAGGGUCGCCUCCCAAGACCAAAGAUGAAAGAUGCAAGUCUGCGAAUUGGAUUGUAGUGCACAGGGCAAUUAUGGCUAUAAAGGAUUUGGACAGCUUGUUCUCUUCUCUAGAUCCUGAGUACUAUGAUAUUCUAAUGAAGUAUCUAUACAGAGGCUUGUCUACCGGAGAUCGUCCCACUUGUGAUCAAUGCCUAAGAAUUCAUGAAAAGCUGACCGAGAAAGCUGGGUUGGGUUGUAUACUACGUUGUCUAGCUGACACAGAAAAUACCGUCUAGUGUUGCCACUCUGUAUGUUUCAGAGGAAGAACUAUUUUGUCAAAGUCAUGCUUUGAUAUAUACUCCACAAUUGUAGCAUGAAUCAUAAUUAAUAAACGUCUUUCUUGAAUCGUUUAUAAGCAACUUGUUACAA